AUGGCAUCUGAAACUUUUGAAUUUCAAGCUGAGAUCACUCAGUUGAUGAGUUUGAUCAUCAACACCGUUUACUCAAACAAGGAAAUCUUCUUGAGAGAAUUGAUCUCUAACGCUUCCGAUGCGUUGGACAAGAUCAGAUAUCAGGCUUUGUCUGAUCCAAAGCAAUUGGAAACUGAACCAGAAUUGUUCAUUAGAAUCACCCCUAGACCAGAAGAGAAAGUCUUGGAAAUCAGAGAUUCCGGUAUCGGUAUGACUAAGGCUGAGUUGAUCAACAACUUGGGUACCAUCGCCAAGUCCGGUACUAAGGCCUUCAUGGAGGCUUUAUCUGCUGGUGCGGAUGUUUCUAUGAUUGGUCAAUUCGGUGUUGGUUUCUACUCCUUGUUUUUGGUCGCUGACAGAGUUCAAGUUAUCUCCAAGCACAACGAUGACGAACAAUACAUCUGGGAAUCCAAUGCUGGUGGUUCUUUCACCGUUUCUUUGGAUGAGACCAACGAAAGAUUGGGCAGAGGUUCUGUCUUGAGAUUGUUCCUAAAGGAUGAUCAAUUAGAAUACUUGGAAGAAAAGAAGAUCAAGGAAGUUGUUAAGAAGCAUUCCGAAUUCGUCGCCUACCCAAUUCAACUGUUAGUCACCAAGGAAGUCGAGAAGGACGUUCCAUUGACUGAAGAAGAAAAGAAGGACGACGAAAAGAAGGAAGAAGAAGACGACAAGAAGCCAAAGUUGGAAGAGGUCGAUGAGGAAGAAGAGAAAAAAGAGGGUGAAAAGACUAAGAAAGUUAAGGAGGAAGUUCAAGAAUUGGAAGAAUUAAACAAGACCAAGCCUCUAUGGACCAGAAACCCAUCUGAAAUCUCUCAAGAUGAGUACAAUGCUUUCUAUAAAUCUAUCUCCAACGACUGGGAAGACCCACUAUAUGUUAAACACUUCUCCGUUGAAGGUCAACUAGAAUUCAAGGCCAUCCUAUUCAUUCCAAAGAGAGCUCCAUUCGAUCUAUUUGAAAACAAGAAGAAGAAGCAAAACAUUAAGCUAUACGUUCGUCGUGUUUUCAUUACUGAUGAAGCUGAAGAAUUGAUCCCAGAAUGGUUAUCCUUCGUUAAGGGUGUUGUCGACUCCGAGGACUUGCCAUUGAACUUGUCCAGAGAGAUGUUGCAACAAAACAAGAUCAUGAAGGUCAUCAGAAAGAACAUUGUCAAGAAGUUAAUCGAGUCUUUCAACGAGAUUGCUGAGGACUCUGAACAAUUCGAAAAGUUCUACUCUGCUUUCGCCAAGAACAUCAAAUUGGGUAUCCAUGAAGAUACUCAAAACAGAAAUGCUUUGGCCAAGUUGCUACGUUACAACUCCACUAAGUCUACUGACGAGUUGACCUCUUUGACUGACUACGUCACCAGAAUGCAAGAACACCAAAAGAACAUCUACUACAUCACCGGUGAGUCAUUGAAGGCUGUUGAAAAGUCUCCAUUCUUGGAUGCUUUGAAAGCCAAGAACUUUGAAGUUCUAUACUUGGUUGACCCAAUCGAUGAAUAUGCUUUCACUCAAAUGAAGGAAUUCGAAGGUAAGACUUUGGUCGACAUCACCAAGGACUUCGAAUUGGAAGAAACUGAAGAAGAGAAGGCCGAAAGAGAGAAGGAAGUUAAGGAAUUCGAAGAAUUGACCAAGGCUUUGAAGGAAGUCUUGGGUGACCAAGUCGAGAAGGUUGUCGUCUCUCAAAAGUUGAUUGACGCUCCAGCUGCUAUCAGAACUGGUCAGUUCGGUUGGUCCGCAAACAUGGAAAGAAUCAUGAAGGCUCAAGCUUUGAGAGAUUCCUCCAUGUCUUCUUACAUGUCAUCUAAGAAAAUCUUCGAAAUUUCUGCAAAAUCUCCAAUCAUCCGUGAAUUGAAGAAGAGAGUUGAAGAAGGUGGUGCACAAGACAAGACUGUCAAGGAUUUGACCAACUUGCUAUUUGAGACUGCAUUGCUAACUUCUGGUUUCACUCUAGAAGAGCCUUCUUCUUUUGCCACCAGAAUCAACAGAUUGAUCUCUCUUGGUUUGAACAUUGACGAAGAAGAAGAACCAGAAGCUGCCACUGAGACUGCCGCUGACGAAAAGGUUGAAGAAGUUCCAGCUGACACCGAAAUGGAGGAAGUCGAUUAA